GGCGGGGGCGGCGGCAUUCCAUAGGGCUGGGCUUCCAUAGGCCGGGCUUCCAUAGGGCUGGGCUUCCAUGGGGCACAUUUCCAUAGGGCCGGGCUUCCAUAGGGCUGGGCUUCCAUGGGGCACAUUUCCAUAGGGCCGGGCUUCCAUAGGCCGGGCUUCCAUAGGGCCGGCUCUCCAUAGGGCGCGUUUCCCUAGGCCGGGCUUCCAUAGGGCCGGCUCUCCGUAGGGCGCGUUUCCAUAGGGACUGCGGGAGCCGCUCCCGCCCCGCCGCCGCCCGGUUCCCCACACGUCGCCGCCGGCCCCGGGAGCUGCGGGGGCCCUGCGCAGUUUUCCAAGAGGCUCCACCUUGCUAUGAGCUGCCAAGAUGGAUCCAGAAGAGCAGGAUUUACUUGGGGAUUACAGAUACAGGAAUUAUUCUUCAGCAAUUGAGAAAGCUCUGAGGAACUUUGAAUCAUCCAGUGAAUGGGCAGAUCUCAUCUCUUCCCUUGGCAAGCUCAAUAAGGCUCUGCAGAGUAACUUGAAAUAUUCUCUGCUGCCCAGAAGGUUGAUCAUCAGUAAAAGAUUAUCCCAGUGCUUGCACCCAGCCCUGCCCAGUGGGGUGCACUUAAAGGCUUUAGAAACCUAUGAAAUAAUCUUUAAAAUCAUUGGCACAAAAUGGCUUGCCAAGGAUUUAUUCUUGUACAGCUCUGGUUUGUUCCCUCUGCUGGCAAAUGCAGCAAUGUCAGUGAGACCUGUUCUCCUUGGCUUGUAUGAGAAAUAUUUUCUCCCUCUCCAAAAAUCUCUCCUGCCUGGUCUCCAGGCCUUUGUAAUUGGGCUGCUGCCUGGCUUGGAAGAAGGAUCAGAAAUUUAUGACAGAACAGAUGCUCUGCUGGUGAAGCUGUCCCUGCUGAUGGGCCAGGAGGUGUUUUAUGGAGCUCUCUGGGGCAGUGUCCUGGGCAGCCCCUCCAUCAGGCUCCCUGCUUCCCUCUUCGUUGUCAGCCACAUCAACAGGGAACUCUCUGGCAAACAGCAGAAAUUCAUGCUGGGCACUGAUUAUAAACUCACAAUAAAGUCUUUGUGCGUGUCAGUGCUGGAUUCCAAUGUCCUUGUGCAGAGGAACACUCUGGAAGCAAUCCUGUUCUUUUUCCCAUUUUAUACAGCUUUGGACUGCAAGGAAAGCACCAUCCUGCUCAGAAGGGCUGAUCUGGUUUAUAUCCUGUCAGCAGCCACUCAGACACUGCUGAGGAGAGACAUGUCCCUCAACAGGAGAUUGUAUGCAUGGCUGCUAGGUUCUGAUAUUAAAGGUGGCACUUUUGCUCCAGACUCCACCACUUCUGAAGACCAUGCUGUUUAUUUCUUUGGAAAAUACUCUAAAGAUCUUUUGGUUGAGAGUUUGAUUGUGAUUCUGCAUCAGAAAUCCCCAGAGUCUGACCCAGAGGAGCAGCACCAGGCUUAUCUCAAACCCUUCCGGAUCCUCAUCAGCCUCCUGGACAAACCUGAAAUAGGGCCACAGGUUGUUGGAGAUCUGUUCCUGGAAGUUCUUAGAGCUUUUUAUUCCUACUGCAAAGACACCCUGGGUUCUGAUCUCAAACUCAGCUACAAUCAAAGUGGCAACACCCUGGCAAGUGCAAUCAAAGAGAACAAAAAUGCUUCAGAAAUUGUCAAAACAGUGAAUUUGUUGAUCACAUCCUUAAGCACUGAUUUCCUCUGGGAUUACCUGACCAAAUGCUUUGAAGAUUGUUUCAGAAACAAAUCCACAGGGGUGAGGUAUCCUCUGGAAAAUGUGAGCACUCCUCCCACCAUUUCAGAGCUCUGCACACUGCUGGUGUUCCUGCUGGAUGUGAUUCCUCUGGAGCUCUACUCAGAAGUGCAGACUCAGUACCUGCCCCAGAUGCUCAGUUACAUGGUGCAGUCUCUCCUGGAAAACAUGGAAGUGUUGGGACUGCCAGAACUCACUCAUGCCUUAAAAACCUGUUUUAAGGUGCUCAGCAAGGUGCAAAUGCCCCCUUCCUACCUGGACAUUGAGACAGGCAGUGGCAAUGGGAGCCCAGUGCCAAAGGAAGAUGUGGACAUAACCCUGGAGACCAAACCUGGGCUGCAGGAGGAGGAGGAGGCUCCAUUCCCCACCCUCAAGUCAGAGGACAGCGGCAUUGGCCUGAGUGCCUCCUCCCCAGAGCUGUCCCAGCACCUGGGGGUGCCCACGGUGACCCUGGAGAGAGAUGAUGUCUGGAAAAAAGGAGGGAGCAUCCAGAAAACUCUGCAUUGCAUCCAGGAGCUGCUUGCCAAGUUUGCCAGCAAAUACAUUUUUGGGAUGCAGCUCCAAGAAAUGAGUCCUGAAGGGAUUGCAGCAAUGAAUCUGAGUGGGAAGGAGAAAAAGGAGAACGGCUACAGGUUACCUGAGAGUGGCAACAAGAAGAAGAGUCCCUGGGAUGGCAAGCAAAUCACUGUGCCUCAGGUCAAACAAAUGCUCUCAGAGCUGUUCUCAGCCCGGGGCUCACCCUUCAGGAACAAGAAUCCCACUGCUCUCCUCUCAGAACACAGCUCUGGGCACAAAAAGGAGAAGGAGGAGGAGGAGUGGGACUUGGAGCUGGUGUUGGGACCCCUCAGAGGGGACUGCAAGGAAGCUUUCUCUGCAGCUUGUCACCUGCUGCUGGAUUGCACCACAUUCCCAGUUUACCUGUCCGAGGAGGAGAUGGAACACUUGUACCUCUCUCUGUUUCAGGGGCCUGGAGGUGAUCCCAGCUUCCCUCUGUGGCUGAAGUCCCUGAUGACAAUCUGCUGCUGUGUCAACGACUGCCAUGUGCAGAACGUCUCCAUCUUCACCCUCCUGGAGGUCAUCAACCACUCCCAGUCCCUGGCACUGGUGAUUGAGGACAGGAUGAAGAGGUACAAAGUGUCUGGCCACAACCCUUUCCUUGGCAAGCUGCAGAUGGUCACCCUUCCUCCCAUUGCUCCUGCAGUCCUGAAGAUGAUCUCAGAGAAAACAGAUUUCUACCAGAGAGUUGCCUGUGUGCUCUGGAAUCAGCUGAACAAGGAGACUCGGGAGCACCACAUUGCCUGUGUGGAAUUGUUCUACAGACUUCACUGCCUGGCUCCCUCAGCAAACAUCUGCGAGGACAUCAUCUGCCAGGCCCUUCUGGAUCGGGAUAAAGGGACAAGGCUGGAAGCUCUGUUCAGAUUCUCUGUCAUGUGGCACCUGACCAGAGAGAUCCAAGGCAGCAGAGUGACUUCCCACAAUCGCUCCUUUGAUAGGUCGCUGUUCGUGGUGCUGGACAGCCUGACCUGCUCGGACGGGGCCAUCGGGGCGGCGGCCCAGGGCUGGCUGCUGCGGGCGCUGUCCCUCAGCGACGUGGCGCGGAUCCUGGAGCCGGUGCUGCUGCUGCUGCUGCACCCCCGCACCCAGCGCACCUCCCUCGGCUGCAUCGGCCACGGCACCUCCCCAGACUAUGUUCGUGAUUGGCUUUGCAAGAAAAAGGUCCCUCUGAAAGAGUCUGGCAUCUCUGAGAGCAAUUCUGAGGAAAACCUUCCCUUGAGCCAGUUCACUACUGUGGACAGGGAAGCAAUUUGGGCAGAAGUGGAAAAUGAUCCGGAGAAAGCAGAGCUAAAAGCUGAGCAGCCUGAAAAUGAUGGCUCUUCCCAGGACAUGGACAACAGCGAGCACACGGAGUCUGCAGACACCAGCACAGGCCAUGACAGUGACAACACCUCCUCCCUGUCCCCUUCCCUGGAGCUGCAGGAGGUGAGCAGCGAGGACAGGGAGGCUGCAGCCGAUGGCAGAGAGGCCCCAAGCCACGGGAAUUCCCUCAGUGCCUCCGAGAGCUCCAGAUCCGGCGCGGGGCUCGACCUCGUCAGGGCCGACUCCGAGAGGACUCAGGCCUCGGAGACUCUGUCCAGUGACGAGGAGUUGGACCUGGAGCUGCAGGAGAUGGCCCACUGCAGGCUGCUGAAGCAGCAGAAGGAGAAGCAGGAGCUGGCAGAGGCCCUGUUCAAGCACAUGCUGCUCUACUUGCAGCCCUACGACUCCAGGCGGGUGCUCUACGCCUUCUCCGUGCUGGAGGCCGUGCUCAAAACCAACCCCAAGGAAUUCAUCGAGGCUGUGGCCACCACCAGCAUGGACACCAGCUCCACAGCACACCUGAACCUCAUCUACAACCUCUUGGCUCGCCACCAGGAAGCUCUGCUAGGGCAGAGCUUUUACGGGAAGCUGCAGCCUCAGUCGCCCACGGCGUGUCCCCACUCCCUGCUGAUCGAGCUGCUCACCUCGCUGUGCCUGCGCUUCCUGCGCUCCUACUACCCCUGCUGCCUGCAGCUCAGCCACAGGGACCUGCUGGGCAACAGGGACGUGCAGGUGAAGAGCGUGGAGGUGCUCAUCAGGAUGAUGGCCCAGCUGGCCACCACGGCCAAGGCGGCCGAGCCCAAGAACGUGGAGUGGAUCCGCGAUCUGCUGGGAAGGUGCCAAGUGCAGGAGCUGGUGCUGCUCUCGCUCUCGGCCUCCAUGUACGUCAGCCGCAAACGCUACCAGCUGCUCGUGGCUGAUGGGGCCCACCAGCAGGAGCCAGAGCUCUUCGAGGAGAGCCUGAUCAAUUUUGGCCAUGAUCAGAUCUGGAGCGAGCACCCGCUCCAGAUUGAGCUGCUGAAGCUGCUGCAGGUGUUGAUUGUCUUGGAGCACCACCUUGGCCAGAGGCCUGAGGAGCAGGAGAACCAGCCAGACCUCUCCAAGGAGUGGCAGCAGGCUCUGAACUUCCAGGAGGCCAUUGGGGCCAUGCAGUACGUGCACCCACACCCCAUCACUUCCCAGGGCUUGUUUGUCUCUGCCGUGGUGAGGGGGCUCCAGCCCGAGUACGGCCAUGGGAUGCAUCCCACGUGGGUGGGCCUGGUCACCGGCUCCCUGCCCUACUUUGGGAAGUCCUUAGGCUGGACCGUGGCCCCAUUUGUGGUGCAGAUCUGUAAAAACCUGGAUGAGCUUGUCAAGCAGUAUGAAAACGAAGCUGUGAAGACUUCUGCCAAAACAUCUGCCAGCUUCACUUCUAAAAGAGAAAAUGUGACUCCUGAUUACCCCCUCACCCUUCUGGAAGGGCUGACAACCAUCGGGCACUUCUGCCUUCUGGAUCAUCCCCAUCCAACAAAAAAGGCAUCCUGUUCAGCUGAACCUGCCAACCUGAGGAAUGCCAGGAAUGCCAUCCUGGAGGAGCUGCCCCGAAUUAUGAACACCAUGAGCCUCCUCUGGAGUGUCAUAAAAAGGGAAGAUUCCCAAAAAAGACCAACUGACUUCUUUGGGACAACUAAAGGCUCCUCUUCAGUCUACUUUAAAGCAACCAAAACAUUAAGAACAAAAAUAUUGGAUUUCCUGAAUCCCUUGACUGCACACCUUGGAAUCCAGCUGAUGGCAGCAGUGGCAGCAGUGUGGAGCAGCAAGAAACCUCACAGGAGUCACAGUAAAACCAAGAUUCUCCCAGUGGCCAGUGCGUCCCAGCUCAUUCUCGUGGACUUAAUUUGUGCCCUGAACACAUUGAAAAUUGACACCAUAUUGUAUCUGGUCAAAGAGGUGGUCAAGAAACCAGCACAAAUCAAGGGGGAAGAGAAAUCCUCUCUCGUGGACAUCCCAGUGCUGCAGUUCAGUUAUGCUUUCAUUCAGAGACUCCCUGUCCCAGCCCUGCAGGAGAACUUCCAGCCCUUGUUAGGGCUCCUCAGAGAGUGUGUGCAGCUGAGCUUGGCUCCUCCUGGCCAUUUCCUUCUCCUCAGCACCCUGAAUGACUUUGUGACAAGGACACCCACCCUGGAAAACAAAAAGGACCAGAAAGACCUGCAGGAUGUGACCCAGAAGAUCCUGGAGGCUGUGGGGACCAUUGCUGGUUCUUCCCUGGAACAGACCAGUUGGCUGAGCAGGAACUUGGAAGUGAAAGCUCAGCCUCAGAUUUUACCAGAUGAAUUCAACGUGGAGGAUGCAAAUGAUACAUCAGUGGCACCAUCUUCAAUGGUUUCUGCCUCUGCUCCUUCAAUCUACAGUGUCCAAGCCCUUUCUCUCCUGGCAGAGGUCCUGGCCUCCCUGCUGGACGUGGUGUACCGCAGUGAUGAGAAGGACAAGGCCGUGCCCCUCAUCUCCCGCCUGCUCUACUUCGUGUUCCCGUACCUGCGGAACCACAGUGCCUACAACAUUCCCAGUUUCCGUGCUGGUGCUCAGCUGCUCAGCUCCCUGAGUGGAUACGCCUACACCAAGAGAGCCUGGAAAAAAGAAGUGCUGGAAUUGUACAUGGAUCCAUCUUUUUUCCAGAUGGACACUUCCUGCACUCACUGGAGAUCCAUCAUUGAUCAUCUCCUCACACACGAGAAAACGAUGUUUAAGGAUUUGAUGACCAUGCAGAGCAGUGCCCUGAAGCUGUACCCCAGCUUUGAGCAGAAGGCCAUGCUGCUGAAGCGCCAGGCGUUCGCCGUCUUCAGCGGGGAGAUCGACCAGUACCACCUGUACCUGCCCCUGAUCCAAGAACGCCUGACUGAGAACCUCCGUGUGGGCCAGACUUCUCUGGUGGCUGCCCAGAUGUUUCUCUUCUUCAGAGUUCUCUUGUUGAGGAUUUCCCCUCAACAUCUCACCUCGUUGUGGCCAAUCAUGGUGACAGAACUGAUCCAGACAUUUCUACAGCUGGAGGAAGAUUUAACUGAGGAAGAGGAACCAGCAAAGAGCAACAGCAAAAUCAGCAAAGCCAAAGGCUCAGGGGAUGGCAGCGGGGCUGAGAUCCAGCCCAACGAGCUGUGCCUGUACCUGGCAGCCUGCAAAUUCCUGGACACAGCCCUUUCCUUCCCCCCUGACAGGAUGCAGCUCUUCCAAAUGUACAAAUGGGCCUUUGUGCCAGAGGUGGACACAGAAUCAUCUCCUGUCACCUCUCAGCUGGUGGAAAACCACCAGGAAUGCCAACCACACAUCGUGAGGAUCAUGGAUCUGCUCAAGAUGAAAUAUGGGGACCCAAAGCACCCCGAGGGAGCUGCCAGGAAUCCCAGAUUCCCCCUGCUGAGCCUGCGCUCCGUGUCCAGCAUCACCCAGCUGCUGCCUUUCUUCCAGACUCUGUGCUGGGCAUUCACAGCCCGUGGCAGUGACCCCCAAAAUUCCCACCCCUCUGCAGCUGCCUCCAUGGAUUCUCUUGGCAGCAACAGCAUCAGGAUCCUGCAGCAGCUGGAGGAUGGUGUGGAAUGUGAUUUCCUGGAAAAUAUGGAAAGUUGAGCCUCACCUGGGACACUGGUGCUGGAUCAACCACAGGGAAAGCUUGGCUGAAAUUGCUUUUUCACCCCCAAAUUUCCAGCUACCUUUUGGGAUUUCUCUUCAGUUAUUCGGGAGCUGGUGGUGAAAAGCAGGAAUCUCCAGUUGCUGUGGUGGGAAAAAAGGGCAGUUUGGUGGGAAUUUCUCAGAGUUCCUGUGGUUUAUUUGUUUUCCCUGGGAAGGAUUAAAGACAUUUUGUACAUAGGAGAAGAAUAUUUUGGACUCGGUGGAAGUAGCAGCUGCCCUGGGACUUCUCCAGUACUUUAAAGUGCUUUUGGAACUGUGUCCUGAAGGAAAAUUGAAGGAAAAUCCAAUAUUGCAUGUCAGUGUACAAUCAGUUUGCAGUGAGUCAUUUCCUGAGGUGAAACCCCUCAUUUGGCCUAAAUUGAUCAAAUUCUAAAUAAAUGCCCCAAAUUCCUCACAGAUGGAUUGUCUAAGUCUCAGCACUGUGCAAAGAGCUGCAGCUUUGCCCUGGCUGUAGUUUCAGCUCUGUGCUAGAACAGUAUCUUCAGGCUUAGCAAUUCCUAAUAAAUCAGAAAUGUGCAUAAAGCACAAACCUAUGCAGGAACACGUUGUAUUAGCAUAACUCGAGGGGGUUUUAUUUUAAUUAAGUGAUUAAAAUAUUUUAAUUAAUAUUUUUUAACUAAAAACUUUCGUUCUUUCAGUGACUCAGGUGGCUGCAGCUUCUGAAAUGCAACUAAAUGAAGAAAAUGCUGUAAAAACAGAAAUUGCUUAACUAAAAUGAAAAUAGUACUCUUCUUUUUUUUUUUUUUUUUUGUUUUUGUAAGAACAUUUUUUGUACAAAAGAAUGUAUUUGGCUGUUCCUGGAUGAUGAGAGAGGUAGGGGGAUCAUCCCUAAAUGACUUUUCCUAAAUGAAAAAGGACAUGGGAAAAAUUUGGUUGGGAAUCAAGGAUUUCUUUUUCCCAAACUCCCAUAACAAACAAGGGAGGCUUCUCUGCAGUGGGUUUUAGGUACAGAUGGAUGAGAUUUUCAUCUUGGGUUUAUAAACUAAAAUAGUGAAACACCCUUUACUCUCAUACUGGAACACUGUACAAUAAUAACACCACAAUAGGCUCGUGCCAAACUUAUUUAAAUCCUUUGCAUUUUUACAGUGAAGGAAAGUGGUGGACUGAGGUGUGGUCAUUAAGAAUGUGAAUUAUUUCUAUUAAUAUAAUUUAUGAAUGUUCUCUAAUGCUGUUGGAAUGAGCACAAGUGAAAAGUGACCCUUUGAAAGCAUUGCUUGAAUAUUGGAGCAGGCCACUGUUAAGAUGUUGGUGUUCAUUUCCUGCCUACCUUCAAUAAUUUUUAUGGAUAAUCUGAAUACUCAGGAUGGUUUGGUACUUUUACCUUCAGUUUCCUUCUGGUUGCAUUCCAUACUUGGAUAUUUCCCUUAAAAUGCUGAUAAAGGACAGUAGGGUAAGAUGGGAUGUUGGGAAGGAAUUCCUGGCUGUGAGGGUGGGCAGGGGCUGGGAUGGAAUUCCCAGAGCAGCUGGGGCUGCCCCUGGAUCCCUGGCAGUGCCCAAGGUCAGGUUGGACAUUGGGACAGUGGGAGGUGUCCCAGCCAUGGCAGGGGUGGCACUGGGUGGGCUUUAAGGUCCCUUCCAACCCAAACCAUUCCAGGAUUCCAUGAUUCUGUUAUUCCAUGAUUCUAUCUGUUAAAAAAAUCUAAGACAACUUUUUGCCAUUAAACUGCUUUCAGUGGCAUCAGACAUUUAAGGGACUUGCAGAAUCCUUCCACUUCAGAAGAAAAAGUUCUUUAAAAUUUAGUAUCCAAGCAGAUCUUUUAUAAUUAUAAAUAACAUGUGAAAAAGGAGGAAAGGGCUUUAACUAAAAGUCCUGCUUGAGUGCUGGAGGGGCACAGUUCCACAGGCCCAAAGGGGAAUAUUUUAUUCCUUUAUUCCAUAACUUCAUUACUUUUCCAUGUGGGACUACCUGUGGUUGUUUUCUCCUACUGAUAAAUCCACUGGGGAGCCACAGCAGGGCUGUCCUGCUCUGAGCUGGUCCUGCCAAAGCAGAACAACCUGACUGUCCAUGGAUCUGGAAAGGUUUUUGCCUGGAACUCCAGACAUUCUCUCCUGCUCCAGGAGAGGAAAUGCUUUUGCUUUGCUGUGAUUUUGCUUUUCAGUCUAACCAAGCUCAGCUUUGUCUUUUGGACACUUCAGCUCUGACACAGCAGAGCCACAGUGCUCAAAGGGAGACUUGGAAAUAUUCCAAAGGAUUUCAUUUUCCUGAAGGAAAAAAUUAGGAAGUGCAACCAAGGUAAACUGCUGAAGAGCAGCAGGACUUGAAGUGUAGAGCAUAAAGUGAUGGUUGUGUAUCCCAUACCAUACAUGAAUGUAAUUCUUCUAUUAAUAUUAAAUGUUAUUUUGCACUGCCUUUUCAAA